AUGAUUUUCGCGGCAGUAUGCUGUCCCGAGGACAUUCGAUACUCGACGGGUCCCACUAUCACGGGGCCAUGGACGUACCAAGGCCAGAUUAUGCCCACAGAGGGCGGCAGCUUCACGAACCACCCCGGCAUCAUCGACUUUGCCGGCAAGUCCUACUUCUUCUACCACAACGGCACCUUACCUGGAGGCGGGGGCUUCACGCGUUCUGUAGCCGUGGAGAGUUUCGAAUACAACGCCGAUGGAACGAUUCCCCAGCUUGAGAUGACGACCGAGGGGCCGGCACAGAUUGUUAACGUGGAUCCUUACGUCCGUCAGGAGGCUGAGCUCAUUACGUGGUCGGAGGGAAUCGAGGUCGAAGCGUCCAGCGAAGGUGGGAUGAGCGUCGCAUACAUCAAUGAUGGAGAUUACAUCAAGGUCAAGGGGAUUGACUUCGGGGAUGGAGCGGCAUCUUUCACUGCUCAGGUUGCCUCGGCGACUGGUGGGGGGAACAUUGAGUUGCACCUUGACAGUAUCUCUGGUCUUCUUGUUGGUACGUGUGAUGUCGCUGGGUCUGGAGGAUGGCAGUCGUGGACGUCUGUGACCUGUCCCGUUAGCGGCGCUGAAGGGGUCCACGAUCUGUUCUUUAAGUUCACGGGUGAUGGAUCAGACUAUCUCUUGAACUUCGAUUGGUGGCGAUUUGACAAAUGA